GACUCCUUCACAAAGCUGACGGGCUCCUCACUUCCCCCGCCCCUUCAUCCCCCGGCCUUCCCCUCAUUUCAGCCGACUCUUAUCCACCUAACCUCGUGGUCUUCCUCGCACAGUGAUCGAAGGGAAUAAAUCGUCGGCCCACUCCGUCCCUAAACAAAGGAAGAGAUAUAUGUGCGGUCGCGCCAACUCAAAUACCGCGAAGACGCUCGGGAAAUUGUUUCCAGGAAGUGACGUAAAUUGAACCGGAAGGUCCUUUAGCCUCGCGUGGAAGCUAGCGAGGUGAGAGAGAAAUCUAAAAGAAAAAUUUGGGGAGAGAGAACGCGAGAAAAGUAAUAAAAGUAGAAAGAAGGAGACGAGACAGGUUCUGACACUAACCAGCUCCUUUUACCGAUGGCUCAAAGGCUCUUGCUGAGGAGACUCGUGUGCCUGAACCUGAGGAAGUCCUGUGGCUCAUUGUGCUCUCCACCCUCAGCUUUGUCGCCCAGCCUGAACCAUCUCCCCUGGCAUAACCACAAGCCUCCCUUCCUACAUCGAGCAGGUUCACCUUUCUCCAGAGGGUUUUGUGAUUCUCCAGCCUGCAGUGAUACUUUCAAUGUACAGAACAAGACAGAUUUCACUGAUCGAGUCCUGAACAACAAAAAACCAGUUCUGGUAGAUUUUCAUGCAAGUUGGUGCAAGCCUUGCCACACUCUUGGACCAAGACUCGAGAAAUUGGUGGCGGAACAGAAAGGGAAUGUCAUAAUGGCAAAGAUAGACAUAGAUGAACACACAGACCUUGCCAUGGAGUACCAGGUGACUGUGGUCCCGACUGUAAUCGCUAUGAAGAAUGGAUGUGCUGUGGACAAAUUCAUAGGUGUCAAAAGUGAAGAUGAGCUGGAAGUUUUCAUCAAGAAACUGCUUUGAUAUUUUCUGGACUGAUGGCCUGUAAAGGUUUUAUAGGAUGCCUGUGGGGUGACUGUCGCAUGAUUCUCCAUUCUCCAACCAACUGUUCCCUCUGUUUUGUGAAGUAGGCCAGAGAUGCUACUACUAACCAUCUGUGUGACCGAAAAUCCUGCCUCUAUCUACACACAAGCUAGUAAAUCUUACCAUAACUGAGACUGUUGUCUCCUGUUUUUUUCUGAAAUCUUUAGCCACUAGUGCACCUCAAACAAAACAAUCUAUUCCAUCUAUCUUGUGAUGACCUGCAGCCAGUAGAACCUUAUUGUGACAGUACCAUAAUUUCUUCUCUCGACUCUGCUCUAUCUACAGUACUUAACUUCAGAAGCCAAUGUGUGACCUUCACUCCACUCCACUCCUCUCUCUGUGAAUCAUAUUUGCCAUCUCCCCACAUCCACUCCCUCAGUAUCUCCUGAAUGUCUGAGGUGCUUUAUGUUCUGUAGCCUGCACCUGCACUGUACUUCAGUGCCAGUAUCUCAUACCAAAAACUGAGGUUGAGGAGUUCACUAUCAAUCACAAUUGGCGACCUGAUUUACACUGAACACUAAGCACCAAGAAGCUGAGAGAGCAGCUGCAGGGCAAGGGAAGUCCUGACAGCUGAUUUGUAUAGAUUAGCAGCAGGAGCUAGAAAAAUUAAUCUUCUAUUGUUUUAUAUUUUUUUUAAAUCUCAAAAUCCGUUCUAGCUCAGCCAUCAGGAGAGAGUCCCAUUUGAUUCAGUGACCUGAUACGUACAAAACUCUGUUCCAGAUCCUGCAGUUUCUUUGGAUAAUUUUAAUUGUAAAUCUGUUUCCUUUUGUCUGGUCUGGGAAUGGGUCAACAAACAGUCACCAAGUGUUGCUUAAAAUGAAAUUCUGUAUUCUCUAUCAAUCGUGGUAAGCUCUGCUGUUCAAUAUUGCCUGACAAAAUGAGCAAGAAAUUAGGGUUUGACAAAGCUAUGCUAAUGAAGACAAUGUUAGAAUUAUGAUUAUAAGCACCACAAAAAAAGGCUUUUUAUUGGUGGUCUUGCUUCAUGAUCUAUUGUAAUAAACUUAUUUUCUAUGUGCACUUUCCUCACCCACCCCAAAAGCUGUGGCCCCUGGCAUAUGCUGUGCUUCUUUUUGUCUGUUGUGUAUGAAGGAGAAGUGAAACUUGGCAGGGGAAGAAGGUUGUCCUCCCCUUCUCUGUUGUUAACCUGGCAGGUUUCCCAGGUGGUUACACUCGAGUAGUUUGAGAGAAUUGAGAAACAAAAACAUUGCCUCUUUCCUCCCUGGCAUAGUAUGUGUCAUGGAUCCAUGAAUAAAUCUAUAUGGAAUACAGGAAUCAGUACUAGACCACCAGGAACAGUGAUUCCCCAGUCCGUUCCUUCCUCUGUUCAGGUCUUGGAUGGAACCACAACUCAGCCUCUAUCUUGGGGAUAGGAGGAAAAUAGAUAAAGCCAGUGACCGCUGUUCUGUAGCACACACUUAAAUAGAUACUUACAGUCUGAGCAUAUCCUUGAGGAACGGCAAUGUGAACAAUGCUGUGGGUGAUGGCUUAACCUGAAAAUGUACCUCUUUAUUUAUGCUGACGACACAGCAGUUAAAUCUCCCAUUACUGCCCUCUCGUUUGGCCAUCCGCAAGCACUUUUAAUCUGCCGGCCAUAAUCUGAUUUAAGCAGUAUACAAUCCUGGAUUAUGUCCAGUGCAAUGAAACUGGGAGUGUUCUGAUGGAACCAACUGAUUCUAAUGCAGAGUCGAGUAAAGUUGACGCAAUUUGUUGUUUAUAAAAUUCAAUGUUGAUUAAAGGAGGAAAAGCAGCCUACAUCAAAUCCUGGUUCCAUUGUUUUCCUUUGCACUUCGCUUAGCAGGUUCUGCCCCUCUCCUCAACUCAGUUUGUAAGGGAUCAAUCUGAUGAUUUCAUUUGUUUCCCUCUGCAGGAGCUAACAGCUCAGCGAGUGAUCAUGUCUACAUCCUGCCACACUGUGCUUAAUUAAUGGAGUAUUGUCCUGCUGUAUUAUGCUGCAAAAUAAUGAAAUAUAAUCAGUCUUGUCAACAAAACCUGAGAUAAAUUAAUGAUUCAGAAUGCCUGAAUAAAGUGCAUAUUUCCAGAAGCUGGUAGUCAGCCACAUUUCAGUUUAGUGGAGCUUUCUGCCCAAGUCUCAAAUCAAAAUGAUCUUCAAACUUGGCCCACGAAUGUACAGACUGCCACGUUUUAGCUAAUUUAGCUUACUGUAACAUACUAAAAGUUAUAAAAUGGUGGGCUGAGACCUUCACUAUAUUGCUAGAUGAAACUCACUAAGAUUAUAAUCUUUAAUACAGUAUUGGAGUAUCUUACAAGUUGGAAAGGAACUUGGUUUUAAUCUCCCCAUGUCUCCAGAAUAGCAAUAAUGAAUCAGUAAACCGAGCCUGGCAAAUUCUGGGGAUGGCCCAGGGUUGCAGUUAAUUUGUUGGUGACCUUUUGUUGAUUAGUGAAAUAAGGGAAGAAUCCAGCUUGACUGCAUAAUGCCAAGAGAUUUCUGGCAGUCCCCUGUAGAAAAUAUCUGUAUGAAAGGAACUGGAGAUGGAAAUGGGCUUUUUAGAGGGACACAUUCUAUUGUGGCUUUAAAACUUUGGUUCGCCUGAUCACCAGUGCUUUGAAUGAUAUGUACUGAUGUUUGUGUAGGUAAAAUUGGACUCCAUUCAAGUGUAUGACUGUGAGGAAUAGUGGCCUCUGGC